UAUUUCGCCAUAUUUCAGUCCCGCCAUCCUGGGAAUUAAUCUGGUGAACCUACGUUGCACUCCCUCAAUAGCAAGAAUGUCCUUCCACAAAUUCCUCCACGGGUGAGAGGUGUUGCUGUUUAGCACGGAUGGUGUUUCCAGAACCUGUUGCAUUAAUUGUGCAAUGGGAUAAAUAAUCAGUAUUUUGGAACCAUCCUGUUCUACAACUUCAGGUCCACCCACAAGGUUGAAGCGCUCCAGGCUUCCGGAUCCAAGGCUCAGUCAGCGCCGCGUCUGCAACUAACAUGCGGGAUUACGAUGAAAUUACUGCCUUCCUGGGGGAAUGGGGACCGGCUCAGAAACUCAUCUUCCUGCUCUUGACUGUCAGCGUUAUUCCCAACGGUUUCGCCGGUCUUAGCAUCAUCUUUGUCGGGGAUACCCCAGAGCAUCGCUGCUCGAUUCCCGGGAAUCUCAACCUCAGCCAAGCCUGGAUGAACAGAACCAUCCCACUAGUGCCAGGAACACAAGUCCAGUACAGCCAAUGCAGUCGCUACCGCUUGGAUGUGAUCAGGAACCUCUCGGACGUGUUUCCAGACCCAGAUCUCCUCAACGUGUCCGGGAUCGAAGAGGAACCGUGUUUGGAUGGAUGGGAUUACAGUCACGACCAGUACACCUCCACCAUCGUCUCCGAGUGGGACUUGGUGUGUAAUGAUGAUUGGAAAGAGCCAUUUGCUGCAUCAUUGUACUUCGUGGGGGUGUUGAUAGGAUCCGGUAGUUCUGGAAUGAUAUCAGACAGGUUUGGGAGGAAGAUUGUUUUGUUUGGGACUAUGGGGGUACAGGUUUUAUUUAAUCUUCUUAUCACAUUGUCACCCAGCUGGGAAAUCUUCUGCCUGAUUAAUUUCUUUAAAGGCAUUGGUGAGAUUUCAAACUAUAUGACUGCAUUUGUGCUUGGAUCUGAACUUCUACAGAAAUCCAUUCGGGUUACAUACUCUACACUUGGAAUUGGCUUUUUUUAUGCCGUGGGUUACAUGUUGCUGCCUUUUGUUGCCUAUUUCAUGAGAGGAUGGAGAAUGUUGAUAUUGAUCCUGAGCCUGAUCAGUUUGCUGUACAUUCCUUUGUGGUGGUUUAUUCCUGAAUCUCCACGCUGGCUACUGUCCAAGGGAAGGGUAAAGGAAGCUGAAUCAAUAAUUCGAUUCAUGGCAAAGAAAAAUGGAAUCACUCCACCAGCAGUACUUUUCACUGACGAUGAGCUUGAACAUAUACAGAACAAACAAGUAAAAUCUGUUCCAGUUAUUCAAUUGAUAAAAACCUCUCGUAUUCGCGCCGUCACAAUGAUUAACUUAGUCGUGUGGAUGAUUCUUGCAAUUGGAUACUAUGGUCUGUCUCUGAACGUACCAAAUCUCCAUGGCAAUGACUAUCUGAAUUGUUUCCUCUUUGGUGCCAUUGAGAUUCCGGCCAAAUAUCGCAGCCUUAGGCUUUUAAAAAUGUUAAUCUUUCCCGGAAAUGGGCUUUUGACUAUCUUACCUGAUGCACUGCUAUUUCUGUUUUUUCUAGGUCUCUUGGUACUUUCUACAGUGCUGGUAUUAAUUGGAAAAUUGGGAAAUACAUGCGCCUUCUCCAUCGCUUUUGUCUACACCUCCGAACUGUAUCCAACCCCAAUGAGAAACACAGGAAUUGGAGUGAGCUCAAUGGCUUCCAGAGCUGGCAGCAUUAUUUCUCCUUAUGUUGUUAUGCUCGAUGCUUAUAAAGAGAACCUGCCGUUUAUUGUGAUGGGGGUGUUGAUGGUGUUCUCAGCAAUUGUGGUCUUGUUUCUGCCAGAAACGUUCAACAUUCCGCUUCCAGAUACCAUUAGCCAAAUGCAAAAAGUUAAAUGGUUUAAAAUUCGAAGAUGUUCUUACUCGUAUGUAAGUAAAACUAAAACAAUCGGAGAAAACAAUGUGGUGAUUUUCAAAGAGGAAAUGCUUUGAGCUCAGAUCUUCACCAGCAGCCAAGCGACUGAGGAAUUAAUUGCCAUUUGAGUCAGGCUCCAACUCUUCAGGAGUGGUAACACCAGAAGUGGUAACUUCUUCUGUUAAGAUACAGAACAAAACUGAUAUACCUGGUGAUCACAGUGAAAUGAUCAGAUUUUCUGCAUGGAAUAGGAUUUGAUGAUUCUUCCAAAACCAAUUUACUGGACCUUUCCUCUAAGGCACGGUGGAAAUAGACAUGAACUCUUUAUGUCUUCUUGCAUCCUAUUGCAUUAUAUUCCUUAGAUAUCUUCCUCUUUGUAGAUCAAUUUAUUAAAUGCUAUGAAUCAACCCUUAACAUCUACCCAGUGUGAUGGUUUCCUACAGUCAAUGCUUUCUGUGAUCAACUCUUCUUUCGUUUUUAUUCCUCUUGUUUUGGUUCAAACUCCUCUCCUGCUUUCAAAACUGGUCAUUAUAUUAGGCGCCUUCUUUCAAUUAUCCAUUUAUCAGAAGAGGAAUUUGUUGGCAUUAGACCAAAGAACAGCACAGAGAAAGGCCUUUCAGCCCACAAUAUCCAAACAUGAUACUAAAUUAAACUUAUCUCCUCUGCCUGCACGGGAUCCAUAUCCCUUCAUUCCUUACAUAUGCAUGUGCCUAUUUACAUGCCACUAUCAUCUGCCUCCUCCACUACCCUUGGCAACACUUUCCAGGCACCCACUACUCUUUGUGUUAAAAGGAAAUUUGUCCCACACAUCUCAUUUGAAAAUUGCCCUUCUUAAACCUAUGCCCUCUAGUCUUUGACAUUUCGACCCUUGGAAAAAAGGGUCUGACUACUUACCAUGUCUAUGCCUCUCAUAACUUGAAAUGCUUUUUUCAGGUCUCCCCGCGACCUUCGGUGUUCCGGUGAGAACAGUCAAUGUUUGUCCAACCACUGCUUAUAGCUAAUGCCCUCUAAUUCAGUCAGCAUCCUGACUUUGCCUUCCAUCACAGCGAGGAGGAGAUUCACUGUGAUGGAUGUUUGUGUAAAUUGCGUUGGUUGUGUGUCUUGGUUCUUUUCUUGUUGUAUGACUGCAGAAACCAAAUUUCGUUUGAACUUCAUUUGAGGUUCAAAGGACAAUAAAUAAAUUGUAUUGUAUUGUAUUGUA